GUCUAAAUUUGACACGGGUAAAAUAAAAAUAAAAAUUCCAGAAAAACAAACCAGCGAACUUUAUAAUUUUUGACAAAUCUUUAAUUACAUCAUCUACAUGAAAUAUAAAUUACUUUUGUAGGAAUAUAGUCUUAAGAAACGAAAAUUACGCAGUAACUAUGUUCCUGACGAACAUUCUGUUUAAAAAAACUAAGAGCAAAAUGAUCAUGGUUUUAAUGGAGAGUGCAGUGUCUGGACACAAAUUCGUGACUAUCAGAGAACGACUCGCUGACAAAUUAGAAUUAUUACGAUUUGAUCCAUACAUACAACAUGAAAGUCUUUAUAAAGAAAGAAAGAAGAUCAGGAGCAUAAAAUCAUCAUAAUAACUGUAACUUUAGGAUAUUAGGAUUUGAAAUAAUAAACAAUGUUAUAUUUAAAAUGUUAUAAUUUAGUUAUUUAUUGUACUUAA